ACUCAGUUGUCAUUUUGUCGUGGCGGCGAAGGGAGGCCUCAUGGCCUAGUUAUACUACUAUUUUCAUGAUCUUAAUCGCUGUAGUGAACUUAUUAGCUAAAAGUAUGUUUUAAAAUAUAAAACUGUGUACCAGACGACCUGAAAAAUGUCUACAGUACUUCUAGCUGUUGUGGCUGUUAUAUUAUGUGUACUAUUUCGUAUACUAAAUGUUAACAGCCAGCCACAGAAACCCGUAAUUUACGGGAGGGAUCGAAGUUUUAUAGAGAAUAUCUUAUUCGUUUCACCUUUCCUUUACGAACCAUACAUCCCAACACGAUUGUGGGGCUUCAGUGGCCAUGUGCAGACUAUCUUGCACAGUCUCAUCGGCCGGGUCCGCUGUCCCUGGCCCAUUGGUGCUCGGAUAUCCCUAGUGCUACCCGAUAAAUCGACGCUCACCUACGAUCUGUACGAACCUAUGGGAUCUGAACAUGAAGACGACGUGACAGUAGCAAUAUGCCCUGGCAUCGGCAACACAUCGGAGAGCGUGUACAUUCGAACCUAUGUCCACUACUCGCAAUGGCAUGGCUACCGCUGCGCCGUGCUCAACCACAUAGGCGCGCUUAACAGCGUGCCCGUUACCGGCGCUCGAAUAUUCUCUUACGGUCACACCGACGACUACGCUUACAUGAUAGACAAUCUAACAGAACGCUAUCCUAACACUAAGCUAAUCCUAGUCGGAUUCAGCCUCGGCGGCAACUUGAUCACGAAAUACUUGGGCGAGGAGCGGAGCAGGCCCACCAACAUCAUAGGUGGCAUCUCCAUAUGUCAGGGAUACAACGCCAUUGACUCUCUAGUGUACUUGCUCCAGUGGCAGAACUUCCGUCGCUUCUACCUAUACGUGAUGACCGACAACUAUCGCAACAUCAUCACGCGGCACAAGCGCAACCUGCUCAGCCCCGACCUCAAGAGCAAGUACGGCCUCGACGAGAACACGAUCGUGUCCGCCGGCACCCUGCCCGACCUGGACGAGGCCUAUUCUAGAAAAGUGCACGGAUUCGAGUCCGUAGCGGAACUCUACAAGUGGAGUUCAUCGGCCUUCUACUUACAUAAUAUUAAAGCCCCAAUGGUGUUCGUCAACGCGCGCGACGACCCCAUAGUACCUGAACCCCUGUUACCUCUCAUCAGAGAAUUUGCUAGUUCCCAGGACAAAACAAUGUUCCUAGAGCUUGCCCACGGCGGGCACCUGGGCUUCUACGAGGGCGGACUGAUAUACGCCAACCCCGUCACGUGGCUCGACCGCGCGCUGGUCGGGCUCGCCGGCGGCCUGCUCAUGGCGCACAACAAGUGCUCCUCCAAGGAAUCCAUCCCCGAUAACAUCUCUGACGAUGAACCUGACCUCAUAAAGUCAGCUACCAUCGUCUAUAGGGACCCUUUGGAUAAAACACCCGUGAAAUCAUAGAAUACAAUUAUUCCAAGACAAUUUGGCUCGUAGCCAAGCUCAGGUUUUCGAUGUGUUACGUCACGCCAACUAUCAAUUGUUUUAGGCGUGCGAGUGAGAAGCUUUUUGAAGGUAUUUACUGUCUAAAGAUAGGUUAGGAUAAGUUGCCAUGGACCAAGUAAACAGAAGCGUGAUAUUAUAUCAGCAUUCAGUAGCUUUAGCGAGCCUAAAAUUGGCGAAUGUUUUAUGUCGAGAAUAACUAGAACAGUAUGUAUAUUUCUUUUUUUCGGAACCGUUUAGAAAUGAGAUAAGAUGCCUAUAAGAAAUCUACAGUCACUAACUCACUAUAAGAGAAGAUUAUUAUUAUCUCACUGAAGGCUGUAGUCACUACAAACUACGAGACCCAUAUAUAAAAAUAAAAUUCUAAGAUAUUCUGUACCAUUUACGUAUACGAAGUUACUGUUUACUUGGUCCAUGGAAUUUUGUACGCUAGGUCCGUGCAAUAUGUACAGGGAUGAAACCUGACAUUAGGGUAGUUCUACCAGGGUUUCAAACCACUCUCAGUUCCUAGUCGAAUGACCUGUUGUUUCGGAUUACCAUUUUUUUAGAGUCCAGACUUUUUACGAAAACAAGUGAAAACGGUAAUCGUAACCUACAGGAUAUGGUUAAUAAUGCGACCAGGAAACUAAAAGCGGUUGAAACCCGGGCAGAAGUACGUGAUAGGUAACCAAAUAACCACAUAGAAAUUACUAAAAUAAACGAGUCGAAUGAAAUUGUGAGUGUGAUAAACGUGUACCAGUUAUCGUCAAAGUAUUGAUAAAUUCCAUGUAAUGGCAUUUUGCUGAAUAAUCUCAAAUAACCCAUUCCAUACAAAUCGAACUGCAGCGGUUAGCUUGGUUUUCAAUAUUGUGAUAUUUUAUAUAUAGAUGUAGUCAAGGAAAUUUGCAAGUAUAUUAUUAGUGGAGGAAUAAUGAUGCGAUUUUUUAUACAUAGAUAUACUUUCAAAUACAAUGUGGUGUGCAAUGCAAUGAAUUAUAUUUAUGUUGAGUGUUAGUCUUUUAUAAACGUUUUAACAAAAUUAAUAUGCACAACUUUAUUUGCGCUAGGUACUUACAAAUGAGAUUUUUUAGAGCUUAUUUCUAGCGAUGAGUUUAAUUUUCCGAGUAGGUUUAGGAAUUGACACUUAUCAAAUGGCUGGAAAUUAAUACUGAGUUAAUAUUAUUUCUUAUUGUCACCCAACUCAAAAUAAUUAUGUAUAAUGAUUUAACUAUGCACAUAGUAAUAGUAAUGUAUUUAAAGCACAAAUACUACAACGCAGUUUGCAGAAAAUAAAGAGUUAAUAUCGUUCACAACUCCCGCGUUGAUUGCAAAUGUAAAAUAUACUCGUAUUAACAGUAAAUAGAAUCAAUAACCUGUAAAAAAAAAACUGGAAAUGUAAACUAAAUUAGCAUCCAGUAUAGCAGGGGCAGAUUCUAUGUCAGGAUGGCCCAGAUGUGUAAUUUUCUUGUGAGGUCAAGUCAAAUAAAACGUCUCAAAAAUGGCCUAUGAUGUAAAAUUUAAUUAAACCAAUUUUGAAUCCGGCCUUGAAUAAAAAAAUCAAUUGGGGUAGUAGAAUAUGUGUUCAUAUUUGCAGUGUAAUUUUACAUACCUAUAUAGGUUAUUAUUUUAUAGCUGGAUGUGUUUCGAGUGUGUAAGAAGGGUGAAAUCACAUUUCCACAUUCUAUUUUAUUAAUGAUAACAGUGAGACUGUUACCAUUAAUAAAAUCUAUAAGUAAUUAGUGUUAAUCAGUUAAUGUGGAUUCUGAUCGAUGUUUUUUUUAUGUUCAAUUGUUCAUGUCAUAAGAAUCACUUCAAUUACGAAAAUGAGUUAACUAAAACUGCCCCUUUUGACCGCCACGACUGUUUUAAGUAUAUAACACGCAAUAGUAAACUUUAUUAGAAUGUACUAAGGUUCAUUUUGUACUAGCCUUUGUCGGUUAUGGCAGACUGUGGCGGUCACAGGGUUAAAAAUGUUGCAUAAAUGCCUGCUCAUUUUAGCGCUUUCCCGAUUCCUUCCCAAAGGAGCCAGGGCUUCGUUACCAAAUAGUGGAAUAAAUGCUUUCAAGUUUUGCGACCGUUGAUUAGACAUGUUGUGAUCCCAAACAUCUGAUCUCAGAAACCAAGAGUCAAGUGAGUUAUGGUACUUAGAGAGCCCACACUAGCGUCGUUUGAGCGUGGACGUCUAGUCAGCGCUAUGGAAAAUGGCAGCUGCGGCGUCAACGUUGCGUCGAGCAGCAGCAAUAGAUUUGAGUAGACACCGACGCUCUGGAGACGCUAGUGUGGGGUGGCCUUUAUGGUAUGUGUGACACAUCUAACAUGUUAGGAAAAACCAACCUUAGAAUGGCUAGUUUAUGUAUGACACUUGGGUUAUAUAAAGUACAAUUAGGAGCUGUGUUAUGAUUAUGACGUAUGGUUUUCUAACGUUCAGGCCAAGGGUGUAAUAUGAUUAUAAUAACUGCAAAUGAACUUUAUCGUAUUACACAUUGUCAUUAUGAUUAAUUGUGUAGGCUUACAGCUUUAGAAAAUUAUAGUUAUAAAAUAAACAAACAAUAAUGUAUGUAGGUGAUAUUAUUUCUUUUUUCAAUAAAUAUGAGUGUCUUAAAUGAUUGAAAAUCAAUAAAUUGUUCGUAUGGAAAAGCUUCUGCUGGUGCUUUUAUAAAACAAUAUGCUGUUUAUAGAAAUAUGUAGGUAUAUAUUUUGUAAUGUUUAUGCGUUGUUACCGUUUUAAUUAAUAAUAUCAACAAAAGGAUUCAUUGCUUUUAAUUUUUCCUACUUACGUAGAGGAUCUACUAGGGCCGAUUUUUUCGUCUGAACAACUGCUCAUUUCGAACCAACGACUAACAUACAUGUAUCAGAUUUAUCGGUUAAAGUUUAACCGUUUAACCUUUUCGCCGCCAUUGACUUAAUAUAAAGUCAGUAGGUACAUUUCGUGUCUCACACGCCACGACUUCAUAUCAAGUCGUGGUUUUGGUCAGGUUUGUUUACAUGCAAUUUUCGACAUGGCGUUGAUGACACUUUAUUACUUCAUUGACGUGGCGGCGAAAAGGUUAAAAGGCCAGAUGCACCCUAUUGAAUUUAGUAACUGAUGACCGGGACGCAGCAAUAUAUCGAAAUGGGAUGGAGAUAUCUUUCACCGUCUCUCACGUAUUGCGGCGUCAGAUACAAAAUAUAGUGUCAGAAAUUAUGCAAAAUUGAACCGUAUCACUAAUUGAAACAAAGUUCAAAAUCGGAUGGGAAAUAUAAUCACUCUGCCUUAUAAAGGCUAAACCUAACACUGCACCGACUUGGCAAGCGACAGAAUGUAGAAGCACCACCAUAAACGUCGAAUUAGUACCUAUGAACAUAAAUGACCGCCAUAGUGUGACGUAUUGUUUUUAAAAUCGCCAAGCCUGGAGGUAAUGUCGAGUUGUCGACACGGACAAAUUGCUCAUAAUAUGUAUAGACGAUCUUAUUGUCUAUACAUUAUGGGAGUGUGUUCAUGAUUUUAGAAGAACUUUGACCGUGUAUCUAGUGUCCCUACUUAACCUUCAAGUAAUUUAGUUUAUUUUAUUUUCUCGAUCUCUAGUCGACGAAUGUAGAAAAUCCGAGAGCACAAUAGUGUGUCGGAACAUUCUGAACUUGACUGAAAUUAUCGGCCCUUGGAGACGUUACGUAGGUAUACAAAUAUGUUAUGUAAAAUUGUUAUUGAGCUAGUCUCCCUAGAUUCAUGAAUUUUAAAGAGAUAAGCCUCCAAAAAAGUCAAAUGUAUGGAGGAUAUGUAUACCAUGGUUCAAUAGAAAAUGGUGAACAUGUAAACAUUGUUUCUGCGUACUCACGUAGUUUUAAAGUUUCUAGUGUCAUACUUGUUUACUAUUUUGCCGUUUCUAUUGAUGCCAUUAUAGGUAGGUGAUGAUGUCGCUAGUGUCGCUACUUAGCACCAAUAAAGAUGUGUCGUUUUCGGAUGAAAGAUACUACUUUAUUAGUUGUUAUAAAGGCACCCAGGACAAUUAAAAAUCGACAGCCAAUAUGGACAGUCAACAUAGUGGCACCUUUUACUCGAAAAUGACACAAAAUAUAUUUGCCUUAUGUGACUUAUUUAUUUAUAUGGUGUAAGGAGACAAGGUACAGUCAGCACCAAAAGUUACUUAGCGGGCUAGGUGUUAAAAAAUGUCAUAAUGAACUGAACACAACUUUAAUGUUUAGAGAAUAAAAAUGUGUGUAGGUCAUUUUAAACACCUCACCCGCUUAGCAACAUCUGCUGCUGAAUGUACAAGUUAGGUAUAUCUACUUGUGAAUUUAUUGGAAUAGGCAACUUGUUAAGAAUAAAAACCGUUCAAAUAACGAUUUUAAUGUCUACGCUAGAAGGUUUAAUUUGUAAUAGCAAGGUAGCCCCGAGACAAAAAAGUACAAUAACAAUAGGAAAUAAAUAACAGUCAGAUAAUUUCAUACCUAAUAUUGUACACUUUAUUUUUAUGUAUGAGAGCCAUCUCUUGUUGAAGAAAAAUUUGAGAAUUUUAAUAAUUAUGACAUGCACAAUAAUUGUUUAGAUUUUGCCUUCUACGUUGUAAUUGAUGGAGCUUACUGUGUUCAGACACGAAAGUGGUUUGUAACAAAUGUUUAUUUAUUUGUGUGUUUUGAAUGUGAAUAUUACAACAGUAUUGAA